UCUGAGGCCACAGUUGCUGCAAAGUGACCACGGACCAAGCAGUCUCUAGUGGACAGGCAAAGUCAACUCUGCUGUCCUAGCAAAGAAGAAAUGCUCCCCUGAAGUUCAUCACCUUUCUGGAGGCUUCAAACUGACCAAGCAUUGAAAAAGAACACAAGAAGAAAACAGGAUUCAGGGCCACUGGGCUUCCUGUGGAGAGCAGAGAGUGUAUGAAGACGAUUCAGAUAUGUCAGAAACUUCCUCCCAUGACUCCUUCUAUGAUUCCUUAUCAGACAUGCAGGAAGAAAGUAAGAAUGCUGACUUCUUCCCGGGGCUGUCCGCUUUCCUCAGCCAGGAAGAGAUAAAUAAGAGCCUUGACCUGGCCCGGAGAGCCAUAGCGGACUCUGAAACAGAGGAUUUCGACUCGGAGAAAGAGAUCUCACAGAUUUUCAACACCUCUCCUGUCAGCUGCUGUGAAAAUCCUUCGCACAAGGAGACCAAACUGAGCAAGCAAUCCUCCUCAGGAAAACCUCAGAAUCAUAAACCAACGCCUAUCAAGCCUCCAGCAGAAGAACCAAAUGAGAGGAUCUCUUCACCCAUUUCAAGAAGGAAAUCAGCCAUGUCUCCCCAGUUUGCUAGGCCCAGUUAUAUCCGGAGCCUCAGAAAGGCCGGCAAACGGGGUGCAAAAACUCCCAACACAAAUACAAAGCCCAAACCAGCACAUCAGAGCAAGGCUGGGCCCCAGAGUGAGCUGUGUGACAAGGCGGCUAACUUCAUUGAGGAGCUGACAUCCAUCUUUAGAGGGGUAAAACCGAGAAACAGGAGCCCAAAUGGGGAGUCCUCAUCCCCAGACAGUGGGUAUCUGUCUCCUAAAAAUCAGCCAUCAGCCAUGAUGACUGCCUCGGCCAGCCAGAGCCCCACAGGAGACCAUCAAGAGACGGAAGCAGAAGUCAAGUUACCUGAGGCCAGGCAUUGCUGCCAGGCUGACCCGGAUGUGCCCAGGCCACAGUGCAAUAGCACCGCUCAUGUGCACCCUCCCAAGGCCCCCCACUUCCCCUCAGCACCUCGGUUCAUCCAGAAGCUGAGGAGCCAAGAAGCUGAGGAAGGAAGUCGCAUUCAUUUGGAGUGCAGAGUCACUGGGAACCCAACUCCUCAAGUCAGGUGGUUCUGUGAGGGCAAAGAGCUACACAACACUCCUGACAUCCAGAUCUUCUGUGAGGGCGGGGACCUGCACACCCUGAUCAUAGCAGAGGCCUUUGAGGAGGAUACAGGCCGCUACACCUGUCUGGCUACAAACCCCAGUGGCUCAGACACCACCUCCGCCGAGGUGUUCAUUGAAGGAGCCAGUUCAACAGAUUCUGACAGUGAAAAUUUAGCUUUCAAAUCAAAAGCUGGAGCUAUGCCGCAAGCUCAAAAGAAAACAACUUCGGUUUCCUUGACAAUAGGAUCAUCUUCUCCGAAGACGGGAGUGACUACAGCUGUGAUUCAACCCUUAUCUGUCCCUGUUCAGCAGGCUCCCAGCCCCACUUCGUAUCUCUGCCGUCCUGACGGAACCACCACCGCCGCCUGCUUUCCUCCUGUUUUCACAAAGGAGCUGCAGAGCACCACAGCCUCCGAGGGCCAGGUGGUGGUCCUGGAGUGCCGGGUCCGGGGCGCACCGCCGCUGCAGGUCCAGUGGUUCCGACAAGGAAUGGAAAUCCAAGACUCGCCAGAUUUCAGAAUUCUACAGAAAAAACCUAGAUCUACAGCAGAACCUGAGGAGAUUUGCACCCUGGUUAUUGCUGAGACUUUUCCUGAAGACGCAGGGAUCUUCACCUGCUCAGCAAGAAACGAGUUCGGAUCAGUGACCAGCACUGCCCAGCUGGUCGUCACCUCAGCCAACACAGACAGCUAUAGUUACAAUGAAAUAGGAAAAUCCAACAACGAUCAGUUCCCACAUUUUCCACCUCCCCCUCCAACCUUGGAGACAAAUUCCUUUGAGUUGGCUUCCAAGAAACCACCUGAGAUCCAGCAGGUGAAUAGCCCUGGUUUUGGACUCAGUAUGGCAGCCCUUCAAAUGCAUUUCAAUUCUUCCGAGAGGGAAACUAAUGGAGUCCAUCCCAGCCAUGGAGUAAAUGGACUGAUCAACGGCAAAGCUAACGGAGGAAAUAAGUCUCUACCAACACCAGCUGCCCUGCUUUCACCGACUAAGGAGCCACCACCUCUGUUUGCCAAACCAAAACUGGGGUUUCCAAAGAAGGCCAGUAGAACUGCGAGGAUAGCCUCUGAUGAGGAGAUCCAGGGCACAAAGGAUGCUGUCAUUCAAGACCUGGAACGGAAACUUCGCUUCAAGGAGGAUCUCCUGAACAACGGCCAGCCGAGGUUGACAUACGAAGAGAGAAUGGCUCGUCGCCUGCUCGGUGCCGACAGCGCGACUGUCUUUAAUAUGCAGGAGCCAGAAGAAGAGACACCCAAUCAGGCUGUCGGGGCUCCUCAGGCUUCCGUAGGGCGUCCUCUGGACGGCCAAAAGGAAUACAAGGUCUCCAGCUGUGAACAGAGGCUCAUAAGCGAAAUAGAGUACAGGCUAGAGAGGUCUCUGGUGGACGAGUCAGGUGAUGACAUUCAGUACGGGGACGUGCCUGUGGAGAGCAGCGUGGCACCCUUCUUUGAGAUGAAGCUGAAGCAUUUUAAGAUCUUUGAGGGGAUGCCUGUAACUUUCACGUGUAGAGUGGCCGGGAAUCCAAAGCCUAAGAUCUACUGGUUUAAAGAUGGCAAGCAGAUCUCUCCGAAGAGUGAUCACUACACCAUCCAAAGAGAUCUCGAUGGGACCUGCGCGCUCCACAUGGCGGCCUCCACCCUGGACGAUGAUGGGAAUUACACAAUCAUGGCUGCCAGCCCGCAGGGCCGUGUCAGCUGCACCGGACGGCUAAUGGUCCAGGCUGUCAACCAAAGAGGCCGCAGUCCGCGCUCUCCCUCGGGCCAUCCACAUGUCAGGAGGCCCCGCUCUCGAUCGAGGGACAGUGCGGAUGAGAGCGAGCCCAUUCAGGAGCGAUUCUUCAGACCUCACUUCCUUCAGGCUCCUGGAGAUCUGACUGUUCAGGAAGGAAAGCUCUGCAGAAUGGACUGCAAAGUCAGUGGAUUGCCAACCCCAGAUCUAAGCUGGCAACUAGAUGGAAAGCCAGUGCGCCCCGACAGUGCCCACAAGAUGCUCGUCCGUGAAAAUGGGGUGCACUCUCUGAUCAUAGAGCCAGUCACGUCCCGAGACGCCGGCAUCUACACGUGUAUAGCCACCAACCGAGCAGGACAGAACUCGUUCAGCCUGGAGCUUGUGGUUGCUGCUAAGGAAGCACACAAACCUCCAGUGUUCAUCGAGAAGCUCCAGAACACAGGAGUUGCUGAUGGGUACCCCGUGCGGCUGGAAGGCCGAGUCUUCGCUGUCCCGCCGCCGCAGAUAUUCUGGAAAAAGGAAAAUGAGUCGCUCACCCACAGCACCGACCGCGUGAGCAUGCACCAGGAUAACCAUGGCUACAUCUGCCUGCUUAUUCAGGGAGCUACAAAAGAAGACGCCGGCUGGUACACCGUGUCGGCCAAGAACGAGGCUGGGAUUGUGUCCUGCACCGCCAGGCUGGAUGUUUACACCCAGUGGCAGCCGCAGCCACAGACCACCAAGCCAAAGAAAGUGCGGCCCUCCGCCAGUCGCUAUGCAGCACUAUCAGACCAGGGGCUGGACAUCAGAGCAGCGUUCCAGCCUGAGGCCAGCCCGUCACACCUGACACUCAAUACCGGCUUGGUCGAAAGCGAGGACUUGUAAUACGGUAUCUUGUUAAAGCCGAAACUCCGAAACCACCAUUGCCUUGACCAACAAGUUUCUCUGUCACAUUAUGUAAAAGGCAGAAAUAUACUUUGACUUACAAGAAAU